CGGUCAGCGAUAGGAUCUGAAGUGAUUGAUUGAUCGCUCGAUCUCGGAUCUCGUUGCGCGCGUGAAUCAGGGCCUGCAUAAUGGCAACAACCGGGUUGACCUCACGGGACGAGCCCAAGACGGCAGAGUAUGCGGGAGAUGAGGUUUCGGCGUUGGUUCUCGAUCCCGGAUUCUCGAGCGUACGGGCCGGAUUCGCAGGCGAAGACACACCGAAAUCGAUCGUGCCAUCAUUCUACGCAUCAACCAGUUCGGGACGAUACUUCGGCGACCAUGUGAUUGACGUGCCGCGCGAGGACGUGGAGAUACAAAACCCGAUCAACCGCGACGGAAUAGUGGAGGACUGGGAGGCAGCAGAAGCUCUAUGGAAAUACUCGUUCGCCAGCAGCCUGACGGGGGCGCGGCCGAACAAAGCCCUAACGGAAUGGCUCAACGACCCGAAAUCGGUGCCGGACUUGCAAAAGGCGAUGGCGGAGGCCGAGGACACGGAACGAUGUCUAGAAGAUCACCCAUUGUUCAUGACGGAACCGGCGUGGAACACUACAAAGAACCGCGAAAAGUGCGCGGAAAUCGCACUCGAGUCCUGGGCCGCACCGGCGUUUUAUUUGGGCAGGACGGGCGUGAUGGCGGCAUUCGCUGCAGGUCGGCCGAGUGCGCUUGUGAUUGAUUUUGGCGCGACGCAGGUGUCGGUCACUCCGGUGCAUGAUGGGAUGGUGUUGAAAAAGGGUGUGAUGCGCUCCAACAUUGGCGGCAAUUACUUGUCGUCGCAGGUUCGGAGCAUGUUGGCGUCGCAUGAACCGAAUCCCAUUGCCCUGACGCCGCAUUACCUUGUCGCGUCGAAACAGGCCGUCGACGCGGGCCAGCCGGCUAACUUUGUGCCUCGCGUGUUUCCGCCUGGAUUCCAGGCCCCGAGACCCUCGUUCCGUCGCUAUCAGGAGGAGAAAGUUGUGCUGGAAUUCAAAGAGAUUGUGCUGCAGGCCUGGACGAAUCCGAAUACUCCGUUCCGCGGCCAGGGCGAGGCUUUGACUCGUGAACAACAUCAGCAAUAUGCACAUCCGUUCGAGUUUCCAGAUGGAUAUAACCAGUCCUUUUCGACCGAGGGGUUCAGGCUGGUUGAGAGUCUGUUCGAUGGCCAGUGUUAUUAUCCCCCGCCUGCGGGUUCGGAGGAAGAGGCUUCGCUUUACCCGGCCCCAGAACCGCAGGGUACUAUUCCCGGACUGGUCAAGGCCAGCUUGGGCCAGGUGGAUGUCGAUAUCCGGCCCUUACUGUUGGGAAAUGUCGUUAUUACGGGUGCUGGAUCCCUUAUUCGUGGUCUACCCGAUCGCAUUCAGCUUGAGUUGACGAAAAUGUAUCCGAGCGCCAGGGUUCGGAUUCAUGCGUCGGGUAUGUCUGUCGAGCGCAAGUUUGGCAGUUGGAUCGGCGGUAGCAUCGUCGCCAGUUUGGGCACGUUUCAUCAGAUGUGGAUUUCGAAAAAGGAGUACGAGGAGCACGGGGCGGGCAUUGUCGAGAAGCGGUGCAAGUAG